GACCUGACUGACUGUGAGCUAUGCUCUGUAGCUGCUGCAUCUGUUGUUGUAAACAAGAAAGCCGGCUAUCUUCGGCGUGCAGUGCAUGGAGGAGCACCAGCUCUCUGAACACUUGUGCUGUAUCGUGAAUUGAGAUUUAUAUGCGGCACUAUGACUUUUGAGGUGAUAGUCCUUGACUUUUCUCGUAUAAAAGGACUGUGGGAGACCCGUGCCAAGAAGUAUAAAGAAAGAUGCAAGAAAGAAGAAAAGAGGAUACAGACAAGCGCCUUGCAGAAGAUAAAGCAAGAAUGGAGCUUUAUGCUGGAGUGCAGGAAUAAUGGAAUACCGCAAUCAGUGUACUUAAAGAAUGGCUUUGUAGACCCUGAUCUAAAGAUCUUGGAGAAAAUUGAAAGAAAAUCCCACACUAGUAGUAAGGAGAAACCUGAGAAAGACAAAUUUGUUUUUAAGCUUUAUGGAGAGCACUGGGAGGAAUUUCCAGAUAGCCUAAGAGAACAAACUCACCUGAAAGAAUUACAUGUCAACAAUACAAGUAUCCAAGCCAUUCCUGACUAUAUACAGACAUUUCAAAAGCUUAUUGUUCUGGAUAUGUCACACAAUAAAAUAAGAUGCCUUCCACCUGAAAUAGGUUAUUUGGCAAAUCUGAAAGAAUUUAACAUCAGUUUCAACAAUCUACAAAUCAUACCACCUGAGCUGGGAAACUGUGAAAACCUAGAAAAAUUAGAUUUGUCUGGAAAUUUAGAGCUCACAGAGUUACCAUUUGAGCUGAGUAGCUUGAAAAAGGUCACUUUUGUAGAUGUGUCAGCAAACAAAUUCUCUUCUAUACCAAUUUGUGUCUUGCGAAUGUCAAGCCUGCAGUGGUUGGACAUCAGCAGCAAUAAAUUACAGGAUCUUCCUCAAGACAUAGACAGGUUAGAAGAACUGGAGACCUUAAUGUUGCAGAAAAACAAGAUAACCUACCUGCCAUUAGAAAUAAUCAAUCUUCCUAAAUUAAAACUGCUUGUAGUCAGUGGCGAGAGCUUGGUAGAAAUACCAUCUGCUUUAGUAGAAAAUCCAUCUCUAAAGUAUAUAAAGCUUCUUGAUAGUUUAUGUCUAGAGGCUAAAGAAGAAAAGGAAAUGACUCAGGAUCGAGAAUAUUUUGAAAAGGAAUUUAUGAAGGCCUACAUUGAAGAUCUUACAGAAAGAGAAACCACUCCCAGCUAUACAACCAAGGUGUCAUUUAAUCUGGAGAUAUAACAUGGGGACUGAAAUGAGUGUUCUCCAGAGCAACUGCUGUUAUUAUCCUUUAAACCAAAUCACACUAUCCUACAAACAACACAAAGUUCAGAGCUUGAUAAGUCAUCAUGUAUAUGACCGAAAAGAAAUUAUGUACAGGAAAAAUGUUUGCAAAAGUUGAAAUGAGAAAUGUUGUAAUAAGUUUGGUUUUAAAGCUAGCAUGUUUCUUUCAGAAAUUAUGAGGGAAAUGUCACAGUAUGCAUUCUAAAGAUGUCAUGGAACAAAUCAAAGUUAUAAAUUUUAGGUGAGUUUCCUAUUUUUGCUAUUAGAGAAAACACACAAUAGAUUGAAAAGUGUUCCAUAUCUUGAUGCAAACAAAGAAAGGACAAAUAGAAAAUGGCUGGAAAACAAAAUAUAUUAUAAAAAAUGUACAUCUAAAUACAUAAAUACAUUGCAAUCCUACACUCUAUGAAUACUCUUACAUCUGCUAAACCAAGAUCUGUUUCCCAUUUAAUCUCAGCAGAGGAAUCAAUAGAGCACUUUACACUCAAUUUAAUUAUAGAGGUACAGUAUAAGCCACUUUGUGUAGAAUUAACAAUGCCUAUAUGUUUCAUUGAAUAUAUCAUGUUAAAGUGAAACUAAAUAGGGUUCUGUAGCUGAACAUCAGUAAGGAUUUGUGCAGUAUUAGAUGUUUUUACAACCUCAACUAAACUCACAUUUUAAAUUUUAAAUUUUAUUUAAAGGACCAGUGACAUAAAAAUGUAAAAUCAAAUAAAUAAUAA